CAUUAAGCUUUUACCUAAGUCCUUGACACGAGCCGCGUGCUUCAUCCUUUCAACAUUAACGCCCGAACUGUUCCACUGCAUACAGCCGCCACAUCGUCGCAGCAAUCUAAACAUAAAUCACUACGACGUACAAUAUAAUUCGAGAGAGCGAGACAGAAAGACAAAAAAAGAGUUGAGUUUCCUUCUUGGCGCUCUUAUUGGAUACGGCAGAAACAGAAGAAACAGCGGACACGGCCGUCAGCAAUGGCUGCAUCCCGAGUCAAAGUCGAGCAAGGCAUCAAGCCCGAACCUGGUAUCAAGUCUGAAGUCGACGAUGUUGGCCCUUCCCCCGGUGCUAUGUCGGAAGAUGACAUCUACGAAGAUGCCGGAGAUCUCGAAUUCUACGACCCGAACGAUCUGCAUGACAAUGCCGUCUAUUUGACCCACGUACCAAAAUAUCUUUACGACGCCUGGUUGAACAUGGAUGACAAUGACGAAAUUAGAAUCGGUACUCUGCGCCAGUGGUCUGAAGUCGGUCCAAAUGGAGAGCAAAAGCCACGUAUAGCUAUCCUGUUGGACCAUAAACUUGCCCCCCAUCAGCAGAUCCCCAAAGAAUACAAUCUGGAGAUCAAGGAUAUGAACCUUACCAACACAUUCUUAUUCACUGAGCAGGAUCUUCCUGGCUACAAAUCGAAGUCCCAAGGGGCCAAUAGUGAUAUCCCUUCCUACCUCCGCCCGAAGCCAGAGCGUCCGCAGCAGAACGCUCAACCAGAAGCUGAAAAGCGCGGCCGCAAAGGCCGAUAUCAGCCCUAUUACAGAAAGGCCAUUCCUAAGAAAACCGUUCUUGCUGGUCGAUUCCGUCAUGAGCUGAACUGUCGGCCGACCUUGACAGAGGAGACCAAGCACUGGCUCAGCGUAAGAAACAACGAUGCGAUGAAACCGAAGUCUACCACUACGCUUACAUCCUCUGCACGACCUACCGGCCUUAUUCAGGCUGGUGCACAUAUCUCUAAUGACAAAUUUAGCAACUUCGUCCGCACCGAUCCCAAUGCCAAGAAGGGAGCCAAGAAGCAGAAGGAGGAAAAGGCUGCUCGUUUACCAAAGAGCGAGCUGCGCGAUCGUAUUUUCAGCUGUUUCGAGCAAUUCAACUAUUGGUCUAUGAAGGCUUUCAAACAGACUCUAAACCAGCCGGAAGCUUGGCUGCGAGAGAACUUGGAGGAAGUGGCAAUUCUGCACAAGACGGGACGUUUUGCCAACCACUGGGAGUUAAAUUCGGAUCACAAGGGAAAGCUCAACGUCCUCGACGUCAACGGUGCUGCACCCGAUACUGCUCCCGAAGAGGACGAAUCGGAGUCUGACGCGGAGAUGGAGGACGUCCUUCCCUAGUCGGGGCGCGGAAGAGGACCCGUGUCGGAAGAUGCGGGUGGCUGAUAGCCGUUACGGUAGGGAAAAGGAGUUGCGGCGUCUUUUACGGUUAUGAUACAUAUCCAGGUGCCUUGUACCAUAAAAUGAUACCCUCGGCAUCGAACAAUCAGGACUGAGGUUUAGUGGUUAGUUUCUGCGCGAGAUCAGACUAGAUGAAAUUCACUCGUACUAGUACUAUUACUGUGUUACUACCUUAGGUGCUGGGUGCCUUAGGUGCCUACAGGUAAUAGACUUUCUAAGGCUUAGAGAGGAAGCGCGAUAUGUCUUUGCACGGAGUAAUGUGACAGGCGGCGGCGAUCUGUGUCUAGUGUUUUUGAUAGCUUGGUUUCUGAUGUUGACGUUGACGUUGGUACGAGCCGGCUUCCACAAAUAAUUAGCAAAAAUGUAGUAAUUCAUUUGAUAUCAAG